ACAACCUGUUUCGAAAAUUCAAAUUUAAAUUAUUUUUAUAAUAAUUAAAUAGUUUAUAGUUUAACACACACAUUUUUAACACAAUUAGUGGUAUUUAAUCACGACCGGUCUACUAUAAUUUUCCGUUAAAAUGUCCGCCGAUGGGAAUACAAAUCCCUUUAAGUAUUUUGUUGCUGGUGGUUUUGGUGGUGUGUGCACAGUGUUAGUGGGUCAUCCAUUGGACACCAUUAAAGUUAAAUUACAAACGAUGCCACCAGCGCAGUUAGGUAAAAUACCUAUUUACAAUGGUGCUUGGGAUUGUGCUGUUAAAACCAUUAAGAGAGAAGGUUUUUUUGGAUUAUAUAAAGGUAUGGCAGCUCCAAUAACUGGUGUAGCUCCAAUAUUUGCUAUAAGUUUCUUAGGAUUUGGAUUGGGAAAAAAAAUAUUUUCAUCUACUGGAGAUAAAAAAGAAAAUUUAACACCAUCACGACUAUUUUGCGCUGGAGCAUUUUCUGGUAUUUUUACAGCAAUUAUAAUGGUACCUGGAGAACGCAUUAAAUGUAUUUUACAAGUACAGGAAUUCGGUAACCAAAAAUAUGAUGGCCCAAUUAGUGUAGUUAAAAACUUAUACACUGAAGGUGGCAUUAAAAGCUUAUACAAAGGAACAUGCGCUACAUUACUUAGAGAUAUACCUGCUUGUGGUGUGUAUUUUACUACGUAUGAGUUAUUAGUAAGGUAUCAAAAAAAUAAUAACUCGGAAGGACUCGUAAACACAAUAUUCGCUGGAGGAAUGGCUGGUAUACUGAACUGGUUAAUUGCUAUGCCUGCGGAUGUGCUCAAGAGUCGUUUACAAAUCGCACCCGAAGGAAUGUAUCCGAGAGGCAUUCGAGACGUAUUUGCAAAACUGUACAGAGAAGAGGGACUGAAAGCAUUGUAUGCCGGUGUGACGCCAGUUAUGCUCCGAGCAUUCCCUGCAAAUGCUGCGUGCUUUUUGGGCGUAGAGUUUGGAUUAAAGGGCUUGGACUUUUUUUUCCCUCCGAAAAAUAAUAAGUCCAUAGAAAUUAACUAACAGAUAUUUCUAAAUUUCUUAUAACUGAGCUGAGGUUUAUGAAACAAUUUAAUAAUUAUUGUUUGAUUUUAUAUUUUUUGUUGGGUGGUGUAAUGCCUAAAAUUUAUCUCGGGUGUUAUGGGUGACCGUACUUUAUAUAUUUAUACAGGCUGUGCAUAGCAAACGUAUUACCAUACAUAAAAAUUAUUAUGUUAUUGUGUUAAUUUAAAGUUAUCCUUAAGUUAAACUAUAAAUGAUUUUAUUGUUUUAGUUUGGAAUUGAUUGCCUAAAUAUAAUAUACAUAGGUACGUGUAAGUCAUUUUAUAUGUCUAUAAAUAUAAUUAGGUAAGAACAAAUUUUAGUUUUGGUCGAAUUCAAAGAGUCAUUAUUUAAUGUGUUAUUACUGUCUUGUGCUUAAUAUAUGCAUGUAGCUAUUUAUUUUAAUAGGUACCUAAUUAAUGUGCUUACAUGAGUAUAUGUAUAAUA